AUGGAUGCGCCGGAAUCAUCUCAGUCAAAUGAAGGUGAUGACAGUGCUGCUGAAUCAAGCACAAGCUCAUCCUCCUGUGGACCCACCUCUACUGCCGGACAAGAAAAAGGUAAUUGGACGAAAGCUCAGACCAAACUUCUAAUAUCUUUAUAUAAGGAAAAUGAGGAGAAGGUGUCAAACGGUCUAAUGACCAAAAAAUGUCUCUGGCAGAAGAUAUCAAAUUCCUUUAGAGAAAAGACCUACAACUACACACCCGACCAGGUCAGUGGGCGAUGGAAGACCAUCACUCGUGCAUAUAAAAGCAUCAAAGACCACAAUAAAAAGAGUGGGAAUUCGAAAAAAAAUUAUGAAUAUGAAGAAGACCUUGAUGAUUUAAUGGGAGAUUGCCCCACAAUUAGUCCUGUUACUAUCAGUUCUCAAAAACGAAAGCAGCCUGAAGCUUCAAGCCAAGAUGAAGAUGACGAUGAAAUAGUAGAUCAAGAUCAAGACAGCUCUAGCUCUGAAGCUUCCAUCCCUAAAGAAGCAAGCAGGAAAAAAGUAAAGAAAUCAAAGUUGUCUGAAGUAAUGGACUUACUAAAAUUGCAUACUCAACAGCAGCAGGAGUUUCGAAAGGAAGAAGCUGCACGCAAGGAUAAAAUGCACAAAGAAAAAAUGGCCUUACUUUCUACACUGGUGCAAUCAUUGCAGCAAAAAAAAUGAUUUUGCCAAGAAAUGUCAGUUGCAUUGUUAAGACAGGUCUGUCAUUUUCAGAAAAAAUUACGUUCUAUGAACAUGAUGAAUGCACUUGAUCUAAUGUUUUGUUAUAAUAUGUAUGUAUCUGUUGGCAACAUUUAUUUUGUACCAUACUAAGGAAUAUGUUAUUAGUUUGAUUGGUUUCUUAUACUCAGUAUAUGAUAAAUAAGAGAAAAAAAGUCAGUCUUUGUCCAUUUAUAUUUUAUUAUGAUACCUGGUUGGUAUGUAUGAUUGAAAUGUGUUAAAAAUGCUCUGUUCUCUUCUUUUUAAACUUGUUAGCUGGCUAAUGUUACAUUUAAAAUUGUUUCAAAAUUUCAGAAUCCUGCUGCAUUUGUAUGGAGAAUCCAGCAAACUGUGUACUGUUGGACUGUGGCCAUCUAGUAACCUGCAUGAACUGUGGGGGGAUGUAGAAAGGUGCCCAAUAUGUCGGGCUGAGAUAAAGAGGAGAGUUAAGGUGUUCACUUGUUAAUCUGAGUCUGAUUCCAAAAUAGUAUUAAAGGUAUUACAUGUUGCCAAAUGGUGCUAGACAGAUUUACGUGUAUAAUUUUUGAAAGGUGGUUAUAUACCCUGCUUAUUUUGCAAUAUCUUUCCAAGGCCCUGGGCUUUUAUAUUAGCUGUACGGUUAAUUUUGUUUUUAUUUUUUGUCAGGAGAUCAGACAGCAUGUAACAUAGUAACAAUACUUUUUUUCUGAAUCAGAAUAUUAAUAUAUUUCAGUAUAAAUAAUCAAUGCUCGGGUAGAUACAGCCACAGAGGAAAUGUUGAGCUGAUGUGAUAAGUUUUCUUUUUUAAUUUUACAAGAAAUGUUUUGUUACUUUAUUUGACUUUUUUUACAUGUAUACAUACUGUUCACUUACAAAUGUUGCAAUUUUUUUACAAUAUUUUUUUAUCUUUUAAUAAUGCCAUUUUUUGU